AUGCACCUCUCUAUGCUCACUGUCGUCUUCACGGCCGCCACGCUGGCUCUCGCCAAUCCUGCGCCCAAAUGCGGGACUUGCAACCCUCUCUCCGGCCAGAAUAGCUGUGACCAGACCACCUCGUGCAUCAACACGGGCUCUACCUUCCACUGCGCUUGCCGUGCUGGCUAUAAGGCUUCCCCCCACAACCACGACAUCACCAAGCAGUUCCGUCUCCCGAUGCCGAACUACGAGUUCCUGGUCUUUGUGCCUGAGAACACUGUUUGCGACACGUUGUGUGACGACCCCUACGGCGCCUCGGCCGAUCUGUGCAGGGAGGUUCCUGAGUACUCUCACUGUGCUGUCUGA